CCUAAACACACGAUGCCAUGCUCCGUACCUCGCACUUCCCUCGUCUCGGCCGUCUCCCAGCCAUCCACUAACACCUAUCGCCAUCUUCCCUCCACAAUCUUAGCCAACCGUACCAAUUGACGCUCUUCUUUCUUAUCUGCUAUAUCCGACAGCCGAUUACUCAUGGCAGGUGCAUUGAAGCUUACCCCCCCAUCCGAACCCCCACCAACAAAGUCCGGAGGACAAAUUCAUUUUUUUUCUCGGCCCUUGAACUGGAGCUUUAGUGUACCUGCUCCCCGGGACAUUGAGAUAUUCUGUCAUCGGGGCAAUUCCGUCCGAGCGGAUACUUGAGGCUGUCCCGGGAGCAUGUAAACUCGGCCUCCGAUCCUCUGCGGCCACUA